UAACACGAACAGCUGAUUCGGCGAGUAAUGUUUUCCCGCGUGGUAUAACAUAACAAAACGUACGGUUCGUGGAGAGUGGAAAGCGCGACAGAUCAAAUCUAUAUUGUUCUGGAAGUCUGUCUCUAUCUCUCUUUCUCUUGCGGCUAUCUUGUUUUUGUUGACACGAGCGGCAAGAUGUGUAUUGACGUGUCCUGAUGACGUAAUUGGUCGAAGAGGCAAGACAGUUCUCACGAAUGUCCACGUAUGUACAUACAUAUGUGCGAUCAAUCGCGCACUUUGUAUAUCGCGUGCCUGCUGGAACGAUGAGCAUGUUAAAGUCACCGGCAUUCGGUGUUUUGUAAUGUGAGGAAUCGUGUUGAAAGAAAAAAAAAGAAUUUCACCGAGCUAUGAAGUCCAACGGGGGCGCCGUGUUCCUGCUGUUCCUAGCGUUCUUGUCACUUGCGUUGUGCACGGAAUCGGAGAAUGGCUCGAAGAAGCGCGGCGAUAUUACGCGUCAAAAGUCAAAUUCAAAGGAGGAGACGGAGGAGGAGACCGCCGUCGAAGACAUGGAGAAUGCCUUCGAGCGUCUGCACGAGCUGAGCGUUUUGCGCGAUACGAUAUUGAAGCUGGUACCGGCAUCUGAUCCAAUUUACGAAAAGAUUAGCAAGCAGGUUGGCAGGAAGGACGAAGAGAGCAAGACGGAGACCUUGGAAAGUUCUAGCAAGGAGACCUUGGAAAAUCCUUCGGGAAUUCAAACUAAUGUAUGGACGAAGACUAUGAUAGCCAAGACGGAGGAACAGGAUCUAAGUAUAAAUGAGAGACAGUUUGAUGAUGAGGAUGUGGAAUCCUGGGAAAAUCAAGAACUGUUUGAUAUGAUCGAGGAAGAGAUUCAAGAACCGUUGUCGCCGGAACAAAGGACAGCCGAGCAGUUAUUUGAGAAUGCACAGAAUAUCUUAAAUGCAAUGCGUGCUAACAAGUCUGAGGGUUAUGAAUUGCUCAUCGGAGCAGCUAAGUUGGGUCAUCGAGAAGCCAGAUCUAUAUUGGCAUGGGCAAGAUUACUUGGAUCUCGUUUGGGUCCUGCGUCUCUGCGAGUAUCUAUUGACGAUAUACCUAGUAUAUUUGAAAUAUUCAAAGAGCUUGCAGACACCGGACUUCCAUCUGCUCAUAUGGGAAUGGGAUUUUUAUAUGCGACUGGUAUUGGUGGCGUUAAUGCGUCUCAAGGAAAAGCUUUACUUCAUUAUACUGUUGCUGCUCUUGGUGGAGAUACUCGGGCUCAAAUGGUUAUGGGAUAUCGCCAUUGGGCAGGAGUAACAACACCAGCGUCUUGCGAGAGAGCUCUGGAUUUUUACCGAAAAGUGGCGAAGAAAGUCGCGGAGGAAGUAUCGUUAAGUGGCGGCCCGGUAGUCCAACGUGUUCGAUUAUUAGACGAACACGAAAAUCCGGGAUACAGUUCCGGAAUCUUCGAUCAGGAUUUAAUAGAAUAUUAUCAGUUGUUAGCCAAGAAGGGUGAUACUCAGGCGCAAGUCGGACUAGGUCAGCUUCAUUAUCAAGGAGGCAGAGGAGUUCCUUUAGAUCAUGAAAGGGCUGUACAAUACUUUCAACAUGCUGCUGAUGCUGGCAAUCCAGUCGCUAUGGCUUUCCUUGGAAAGAUUUACUUAGAAGGAAGUGAAAUCGUCAAACAAAAUAAUGAAACAGCAUAUAAAUAUUUCAAGAAAGCUGCAGAAUUAGGCAAUCCAGUAGGUCAAAGUGGAUUGGGUCUGAUGUACUUAUAUGGAAUGGGAGUAGAAAGAAAUACUGCUAAAGCGUUGCAAUAUUUCAGUCAAGCUGCAGAACAAGGCUGGGUUGAUGGACAACUGCAAUUGGGCAAUAUGUAUUUUAGCGGUACAGGUGUCAGACGAGAUUACAAAUUGGCAAAUAAAUAUUUCAGCUUAGCCAGUCAAUCUGGUCAUGUACUGGCAUAUUACAAUCUCGCUCAGAUGCACGCCACUGGUACUGGAAUGAUGAGAAGUUGUCCGACAGCUGUAGAAUUAAUGAAAAACGUUGCCGAAAGAGGAAAAUGGAGCGAUCAAUUGAUGAUGGCGCAUAAUGAUUAUAGAGACGGCAGAAUAAACGAAGCCUUUCUGAAUUACGCUCUAUUUUCCGAAAUGGGUUACGAGGUCGCACAAAGUAAUGCGGCGUUUAUUUUGGAUAAAGGAGAGACGGAUGUUCUAUCAGAAGAAGAAGGUUUAGUUAGAGCUUUGGCGCUGUGGGCGCGAGCUGCCGCGCAAGGAUAUUCUGCGGCACAAGUAAAACUCGGCGAUGCGCAUUACUACGGCAGAGGAACGAAAAUCGAUUAUGAGGCCGCUGCGGGUCACUAUCGUUCAGCAUCCGAGCAACAGCACAACGCUCAGGCCAUGUUCAAUUUGGGAUACAUGCACGAACGUGGUCUAGGUUUAGCAAAAGAUCGUCAUUUAGCUAAGCGAUGUUACGAUUUAGCCGCGGAUGCUAGCCCUGAUGCCCGAAUACCUGUAGCGCUAGCCUUGAUCAAACUUUCCUUCCUAUUUGGCCUCGAUUAUUUGCAGGAAUUCAGUUUGGUCGAUCAAUUGGAUAAGUGGGAUCAAUUGCUGGGACAAAAUUGGGAUCUAUAUCUUAUCGGAUUUCUCACAGGAAUGCUCAGUCUUAUUAUAUACUUCCGCAGACCGCAACCACCUCCCCCACCGAGACCUCCUGUUAACUAAAUUUUAUACUUUCAUUCAUUAUAUCUCAUAUACAUAUAUAUAUAAAUAUACAUAGAUUUUUCUAGAUUAAGCUUGGAAAGAAUUUUAUAAGAGAUUCGUAUUCGCGUGCGAGAAAUCAUUUUUGAUAAUACGAUUCGUCUUUCCGAUGAUGCAGGUAAAACAACCUCGCGUUCACAAUAUUUGAGUGUUUUAAAUGUGUGUAUCAUAGUAAUUUAUUUCUAACACAUAGACUAUUGGAAAUAAUUUACUUUUAAAUUUGUCGAGGAUCAUAUAACGCUGCCUUUGACAUUGGUAAUUUUUAUUUUGCUUAGCUCUACAAUUUUCUUGUAUGUUUAAUUGAUUAAUACGCAGACUUUGAGCUUAGUUCCUAGUUUAUCAAAUUCCAUUACUACGCUCAAUGUAUGUCGUGUGAAUAGAAAUAUCUGUAAAUGAACAAGUUUAUUAGAAACAACUGAUUUUUUUCUUUUGGCGAAACAAUAUAAUCAAAUUCACUCCAUACAUCAUAUUACUUUUAUAAAGAUAUAGUAUUGAUGGUGAUGUUUUUGCAGCAAUAUAGUUUUUUGCAAUGAUUUUGUACUAUGAAAUCAAUUAUAACUUUCUUCUGUAAUACAAAUUUAUAAUUAUCUUAGAU